CGCCCACAUGCAAUGAAUGACUUACAGAAAAUACAACACAGCCUAACAACACACGCAUUCAGGCGGUGAGGGUGCUGGACGGGAUGUGGGUGUGGAAAACCUGAGAGAGAAACUGAAGUGGAAGGACGAGUGAGAGAAUAGCACUAUGCAGGUGACAACACAACAGAAACUACACUUUAAAAAACUUCUACCUCUAAUGGAAAUGUGUCUGCUUGCGGUUUUAUCUGCCGAAAACAAUGAUGACUGAGAGGAAGGACUGGAAUUUACUCUACAGCUCUAAACAAAUACGGAAAGCUAAAGAGGAAACUAUACGUUUGUAGUUCCUACAACACUUAGUUUGACACCUCAGCGGUCUCACAUAGGUGGCCAGGAUGACGACCAACUACAUGGACAUUAGUCCCUGUAAUCCAGAUGACAGGCUCUGUAUAACACGAGAAUAUCAGCUUGGAGUGAUUGUCGUCCCUGCGUUGUUGGUCUCGCUCACCGUGCUCAUAUUAUUCAUCAUUUUUAUAUUACUGUGCUGUAAUCAGAGAGAGCGGACACGAGUCAGAACUCCUACUCAAUACCACACUCACCAGCACACCACAAACGAGACACACACACAGCGAAACCAUAACCACAACAACAACCGUCACCCCCACCACAGACAUCACCUACAGGGAAUAGAUGCGCCCCCAGGGAUUGACCCUCUUGAACACGAAGAAGUGCCAAUGAGAGUUCAAAACACACAUCACAAUCUGAAGCCACAACACGAAUCCCCAGAGAGACAUGGGACUGCAGCACCACAUAGAACUAGAGACAGACAUGCAACUGCAACAAGACAUCGCUCUCCAGAAAGACAUGCGACAAGACAUCGCUCUCCAGAGAGACAUGCGACAAGACAUCGCUCUCCAGAAAGACAUGCGACAAGACAUCGCUCUCCAGAGAGACAUACGGAUGCAGAACCACAAUCAUCCACAAGGAGGCCUCUUGGAAACUUUAGUCAGGUCACUGCAUUGACGCCAUCUUUCUAUACCAAACCAAGUGACACAGUAAGCCUCUACAGAGCUCGCAUGGACAACAAGGAUGUCAUCUUGAGAGCACUAAAAGAAAAUGCGAGUACCCGUGAGAAACAACACUUUCUGGGGUUUGCAUCCUUCCUGGGAGGACUGGGCCCUCACCCUUUUAUUCCUGCUCUACUGGGCGUGGUUUCUGUACGGUCGCCAUUAGUGAUAGUGGUGGAGGAGCUGAGGCACAGAGACCUACUGGGGUUCCUGUGGAAGUGCAGAGAGGAUAAUGAAAGUCAUGAAAUGACAGAAAAGAGGAUCUUCACCAUGGCAGGACAAGUGGCCUCUGCCCUGGAUUACCUGCACAGUCAGGGAUCUAUCCACGGGAACAUCGGAGCUCGCAGUGUUCUGGUUGGUGGUGACAUGACGGCCAAACUGUGGGGAUUGGGCUCAGCUUACCACAGAACACAGAUCGACACUGCUGGGCUGGUGGAGGAAAUGGAGCUGAAGAAAUGGCAGGCACCUGAAGUUCUGGCCAGGAGAACGGCCAGUAACAGCAGCGACGUAUGGUCCUUUGGUAUCCUCCUUUAUGAAAUGGUCACAUUAGGUGACCCACCUUUUGCUCACAUCAUGUCGACUGAACUUCUGCAGUAUCUCCAAAGAAGAAAAACUGUGAAACGGCCAACCAACUGCUCCAACACACUGUACUCCAUGAUGAAAUCAUGCUGCAGCUGGAGCCCCCAAGGGCGUCCCUCGGUCGCCAGACUGAUUAGGAUGCUUCAUGAAGGAGAGCAAUCGGCAAAUGGGAGCACAGCUCUGAGGGUGCCUGAGCCACUGAACAUGGAAAGAUACAUGAGGGAGGCAGGAUACGGAGAGGCGUUCAACUACGCCGUGUUCUGAUUGGCUGGGACUGCUGUGACAAAGGACUCUGUUGGAGCCAUUAUUCACAGUCCAGCGAAACAAAUUCCUUAAAGUACCAAGUACCAAGCACAAAAAGCGAGGGGAAUUAAAUAUGCCAAUUACAUCGUUUGUUUAGAAAACAUGUUUUUAUAUUUAUAAGUAGUUUUGGAAUACAAAAUAUAAAGCACAGCCAUGAAGUAUGUCUUAGGUAACUUAUUCUUUUGUAAAUGUGUAUACAUUUUGGUAAAUAAUACCUUGGUUGUCUUGGACUUAAUAAACAAAACACUUAAAACAUAUUUAACUUAUGAUCAUUUUAAAGUCAGUCCUGUCUUCUUUUUAAAGACAUACCAAUAUUGCUUAUAUUUUAUUAAUUUGAUCCAUGUCGCCACAAUGAAAUGACAUAAUUCAGGGUUUAUGUGCAGUGCUCAAACAAAUAAAUUGUGUCUUCAUGAACAUACA